GGAGCUACCGUCGGUCCGCCCGGCGCGGCGGGGCCAUGCCGGGGGUGUCCGCCGCAGCCCGCAGCCUGUGGCUGUGCGCGGUAGUGCUGGGGUGCCUGGCGGCGGCGCGGCCCCGCCACAGAGUUCUUGAAUGCUCUCCUGGUGGGCAUCAGAUUCUGCAGAGCCCUUACCGAAGCAUUGAUUUUGAUUCAUCCCACCUCCAGCAAUCAGCUAUUCAGGAUUUAAUAUGUGACCAUUACCUAACACCAGGAUGGUACCGCUUUAUGAUAUUUGAUAAGCCUGCUGAGAUGCCAACCAAGUGUGUGGAGAUGAAUCACUGCGGUACUCAAGCCCCUGUCUGGUUGUCUCUGAGGGAGUCAGAAUCCAUGCCUCGACCUGGUGAGAUCAAACACUUAACAGCUUGCGCUACAUGGCAGUUUUUCUUCAGCACUUCAAAAGACUGCUGUCUUUUCCGAAUCCCUGUCAGUGUGAGGAACUGUGGAGAUUUCUUUGUUUACUUACUGCAGCCCACCCAAGGAUGCAUGGGGUAUUGUGCAGAAGUUGUUUCAGAUGCAAAGGCACAGACCUGUGAUCCUGAGGGAAGGGAAAUUCAAGGCGCCUGUAGCAGUAACAUGGCUUCUUCAUUGUCUCCAGCUGUGUCACCACCACUACCAGCCAUUCCUGAAGUUAUAGCAGAGCUGAUCAAAGGCAGCAUUUAUCUAAGGUGUACCUUUGGCAUUCCUUCUGCAAACAGCUCAGUUGGAUUCACUAUAACUUGGUCAAGACUUUCUCCUGAAGGUAUCAAAGAAGAACUGAAACAUGAAACAGCAUUUCAUGGCUUCUCACUUCUAGAGUUAGAUGGGAUAAGCAUCAGACUGGGAGACAGAGUGUACUGUAGCAGUUCUGCUUUUUUUGUGGAGAAGCCAGAUAUUCAAAGUUCUUCUGUUGAGAGCAAGGAAUUUUUUGCUGGCAUUAAGAUACAUCCAGAAACAUAUGAUAUAUCAGAAAAUGGGAAGGAAUACAGACUGGCAAUAGAAAGUAGCAUUCCUAUUCCUUGUCCUGAGUUUAGCCAGCUUGAAGGUGACUGCAAAAUCUCUUUAGCAUUGCAUACUGUUGAUGAAGGUAAAGAGCAGUUAGGUUUAAACUUGGCUCUUUCCUCCUGUCAUGUGGAUCUUCUCCAGAAGCCCUGCAAUAACGGAAUUUGUAGUCAAGCUGUAAUUUAUUUCACUGCUGUGACAGACUUUAUGCAGGAUGGAGACAGAAUUACCAGAAUUGCAGUCGAACCUAUAUCCAGUGAGAAUUUCCUGUGGAAUGGCUAUGUUCCAGACAGCACACAGAUUAGAGUAAAGGAUCUACCCACUGCCUACUGCUACUCAUUUACUGACCCUCAUAUAAUUACAUUUGAUGGAAGGCCCUAUGACAAUUUUAAAAAGGGAACAUUUGUUCUUUACAAGAGUACGUCUCGAGAUUUUGAAGUUCAUGUUCGCCAGUGGGACUGCGGAAGUCUUCACUACCCAGCAUCCUGCAACUGUGGCUUUGUUGCCAAAGAAGGAAGUGAUAUAAUUGCAUUUGACAUGUGCAGUGGUCAGCUACACGAGACACAGCCGCGCUUAUCUGUAAUAACUAGAGACACAACAGGAAGCAAUGUUAGAAUCACUGAAUCCUACCUAGGAAGAAAAGUAACAGUUUUGUUUUCUUCCGGAGCUUUUGUUCGUGCUGAUGUCAGUGAAUGGGGAAUGAGCAUAACACUGAGGGCACCCAGUUCGGAUUACAGACAUACAGUGGGACUCUGUGGCACCUUUGAUGGAAGUGCAGAGAAUGACUAUCACACCACAAGUGGGGUAGAAAUCCCAAACCACGCUGAUGUUCCUUCCUCUUUUAUUAAGGAAUGGAGAAUUUCACCAGGAGACAGCUUGUUUGACAAGACACCUGCUUCUUUAACAUCUUCUAGAAAAAUGGUCUUUUGUGACUGUGCACUUGAAGAUACUGGACUAUAUACAUCAGUGAAUAAACUAGAGACAGUUUCACAGUCAGAAUUUUCUCUGUCUUGUAAAGAAAGUGAAAAUGGUAGAUUUCUUUCUUUGAUACCAGGACUGGAUGUCACUGCUGAGUAUCUUGGGCCCGUCAGUCUUGUGAAAGGCUUAAAGAAACGUUUGUCUGCACAUGAAAUGGAUUCAUCUUCACUUCUGCAGAGGGAGGAUAAUCAAACCAAUCUUCGUAAAACAUCACUAGGAAACACACGUGUCUCUGCAACCUCAGUGGGAAAUACUGGUGUAGAAAGAGAAGGAACUUCAAAUUCAGGCAUUAGAAGAAAUUCUCACCGUUACAGUAGUCAUCUUGACAAAACUCAACCUGUUACAAGUAGGGGGAAGCGCCAAAACUAUUACGAAUACCAUUCGGUAUUUCUAUUCCAAAGUCUUAGCCAAACAGACUUAGAGGGAUAUAGUUACUUUUUUCCAGAGGACUAUGCCACUGACACAGAUCAGAAGUUUCUCCCUUCUUGGCCCACACCCUCUGGCCUCACAGAGCCUAGCGCUUUGUUACUAUGCCAGCAGGCAAUAGCUAAUUCCAGUAUAGGAAGAUCUUGCAGUGGCCUUCUUGGCCGGCGAAUAGAGGAUGCAAUCGAUAUGUGCGUUAAAGAUUUGCUGCUGAAAGAUGACCUCACUUGGGCAGAAGCUUCCUUAGCUCUUCUAGAGAAUGAAUGUGAGAAAAGAGUUUUAGAAGAAAUAAAUUACAACCAGCAGGAACUUGAAGGGUCAGUUGAGAGCCUGCUUACAGCAUUAAAAUGUCCCAGUCUCUGCAGGGGUAAUGGGGAAUGUACAGAAUGGGGCUGUGCAUGUUUUCAAGGCUACAGCUCAUAUGACUGCAGCAUACUGUCUGCCCAGGCUCCAGAAAUUACAGCGCUGGAGAAUGCUGGGCUGUGCGAUAUUCGACAAUAUGACUGCACAUCAGUGAGAGCUUUUGGACAUGGCUUCAGGGAGUCACUGAGUCUGAAAUGUGAAAUUGUCAAACUACAGUAUAGCGAUGGACAAUGGAUUCCUGGAGAGCCUCUGUCUAUGCCAGCUGCCUUCCAGAAUUCCAGGACUGUCGACUGUCAGUUACCAAGUGAUGGCCAGCAGUCUGAUGUCAUGGAUGUGGUUGAUGAUAAACCCAUUGCCAGGUGGCAAAUAAAGAUUUCUAAUGAUGGAUUCAUUUAUAGCAACUCUAAAACAAUGGUACUGUAUGAUGGAGCCUGUCAGACAUGUGAACCACAAGAACCUGGCUUAUGUACAUUAAAGGAGAAAACAUGCAACAUAGAUGGUCUCUGUUAUGGUGAAGGUGACACAAAUCCAACCAGCCCUUGUUUACUCUGCAGACCUGACAUAUCAAAGUUAACUUGGUCAGUUGUUGAAAACAACCAGCCUCCAGUGCUUGAAAAUUUUCGGGGUAUGCUACAGACUUUUUAUGGAGAAGAUUUUGUGUAUCAGUUUUUGGCUUCAGAUCCAGAGGGCUCUGCUAUUCAUUUCACAUUGGAUUCUGGUCCAGAAGGUGCCAGUCUUUCCCCAUCAGGUCUCCUUUUGUGGAAAGCUGUGUCAAUGAAUCCCCAUAAAUUAACAUUUUCUUUGACAGAUGACUGCAGUGCAAAGACUAAGGUAGAAAUAAAGGUCAGUGUAAAAUCAUGUGAUUGCCUAAAUAAUGGCUCAUGUGUGACAAACAUUAAUUUCCCACCUGGAAGUGGAAGAUAUCUUUGUGUGUGUGUGGCUGGAUUUGAAGGUGAUCUCUGUCAAGUGAAUACUGAUGACUGUAAACUUAACCCGUGUGGUAUUGGCAGAUGUGUGGAUGGAAUAAACAGCUAUUACUGUGAAUGUCCACCUGAACUUCAAGGUAAAAAUUGUCAAGAUGAUGUAGACGAAUGUAUAUCCAGUCCUUGCUUCCCUGGAGUGUUUUGCUUCAAUACUUUUGGUUCUUACUAUUGUGGUCCAUGCCCAGAUAAUCUGCAAGGAAAUGGGAAGUUAUGUUACGAAAGCUUUGAAACCACUAAUGUUGAAAGAAAGCAUUCCACAGGAGAAAUUGGAGGGAAUAAAGGUUUUCAGCAGUCGUCGUUUGAAAAGGAUUUAAGCAUCUUGAGCUAUAUUUCAAGCACUACAGGUGUCCCCGAGAGAUUUAUUUCUACAGAAGUAGUCAGUAGCAGUGCUCCACCAUCUUCCACAGUAAAAGCCAUCACUGCUUGGAAGUCACUUCAUUCUCAGAGAAGUGCUUCUGUACAGCCUGCUGUUAUUGGAAACAUUGCUCAUGCUCUCAGCAGCAUCAGUGAUCACCUUGCUAACAUGGAAGAGAGUUCUUCAGUAUAUGCUGUGAAGCCUGCAUCUUCACAGAGCCGUGUUGCAUCACCUGAGAAGAAAAUAAGGGCACAAGUUGAGGCCUACAGCUAUUUUGAGACCAGCAGGAAGACUUCUAGCAGCACAAAAAAUAUAAGCAAAGGGCUGUCUUUGCAAAGCAAAGUUCUCAAAGGUGGAAAUGCUUACAGAGUUCAACAACUGUUAGACAAGCAUAAGGCGAGUCCUUUACCUUUUGGCCUUGUUGAAGUCACUGCCCCUCCAAAAAUGCUUCCUGAAGAGCUGAGCGAAAUAGUGAUUCCUAAAGCAGUAACCUGUACUGAUUUACCCUGUUUUCCUGGCGUACCUUGUGAGCCACGUCAGGAUGGAGGUGUCAAGUGUGGUCGUUGUCCUUAUGGUUAUUAUGGAGAUGGCUUCACUUGCAGAGCCAGAUGUAGACAAACAUGUGGCAAAAACAUGGAGUGUGUGGCACCUAAUACUUGCAAGUGCAAGCCUGGUUAUAGUGGUUAUAACUGUCAGGCUGCUCUCUGCAGGCCUGAUUGCAAAAACCACGGGAAGUGCAUUAAGCCCAAUGUCUGUGAAUGUCGUCCAGGAUAUAGUGGCUCUGCUUGUGAGGAAGCACAUUGUAAACCACCCUGUCAAAAUGGAGGCACGUGCUUGGCCAGAAAUCUCUGCACCUGUCCAUAUGGUUUUGUGGGACCAAGAUGUGAUACGAUGGUUUGCAACAGGCACUGUGAAAAUGGUGGUAAAUGCCUUACUCCAGACACCUGCCAGUGUAAACGUGGGUGGUACGGACCUACAUGCAGUACAGCAAUGUGUGACCCCGUGUGUCUUAAUGGUGGUUCCUGUACUAAGCCAGAUGUUUGCCUAUGUCCACAUGGAUUCUUUGGUGCCCAGUGUCAGAAUGCUGUCUGCAGCCCACCUUGUAAGAAUGGUGGUCAUUGCAUGAGAAACAACAUCUGUACUUGUCCUGAGGGGUACAUGGGCAGAAGAUGUGAAAAAAGUGUCUGUGAGCCAAGGUGCAUGAAUGGAGGAAGGUGCGUAGGACCAAAUGUUUGCUCUUGUCCUUCAGGUUGGAGAGGAAAAAGAUGUAACACUCCGAUCUGUCUUCAGGAGUGUGGGAACGGUGGAGAGUGUAUUGGGCCAAGUACGUGUCAUUGUCCUCCGCAGUGGGAAGGAAUCCGGUGUCAAACACCUGUGUGCAACCAGAAGUGUCUGUUCGGAGGCAGGUGUGUAUUGCCCAAUGUAUGCUUGUGUCGUCCUGGUUAUACUGGAGUCAUCUGUGGCAAGAAAAUUCAGGUACAAAGACAUCAUGGUUGAAGAAAAAGAAGUGUAUCAUCAGUUGCAAUGCUGCAUGUAUGAGACUUGAAAAUAGCAAAAGGGUUGAAGGCAAUUGCAGCAUUUAUUUAAAUGAAUAUCCAGAAGCAUUAUUUUAGAUGAUUC